UACUCUAAUUAUUGAGCGGAAAAUGGAGAGUGAAAUUUGUUAGGGUCAACGGUGACUCAUCAGUUUGUUCAUCAGCAAUUAGAGAAAAAUGAAGGCAGAAACAGUAACACUGGUGCUGGUGAACUUAGCGGGAAUAAUGGAAAGGGCGGACGAAUCAUUGUUACCUGGUGUUUAUAAGGAAGUUGGUGAAGCACUACAUGCUGAUCCAACGAGGUUGGGCUCCCUCACGCUUUUCCGGUCCAUGGUUCAGUCCCUGUGUUAUCCUCUUGCUGCUUACUUAGCUGCUCGCCAUAACCGGGCCCAUGUUAUCGCCUAUGGUGCUUUUCUUUGGGCUGCCGCCACUUUCCUCGUCGCUUUCUCCUCUACCUUCUCUCAGGUGGCAGUAUCGAGAGCUUUAAAUGGGAUAGGCCUAGCCAUAGUUGCACCUGCUAUUCAAUCUCUUGUAGCUGACUCGACUGAUGAUGACAAACGUGGGAUGGCAUUUGGAUGGCUACAGCUUACUAGCAAUAUUGGUUCAAUAAUUGGUGGGUUGUUCUCCUUAAUGAUAGCGCCCGUUACAUUUUUGGGAAUUCCUGGCUGGAGGCUCGCAUUUCAUCUCGUUGGGAUCGUCAGCAUUAUUAUUGGUAUUUUGGUUCGCUUAUAUGCAAAUGAUCCUCACUUCCCAGAUGGCCGUCUAAAGGCUACUGAUGAAGGUAAUUGUAAAUCCUUCAUGUCGGAAGUGCAAGGUCUCGUUCAAGAAGCAAAAUCGGUCAUAAAGAUUCGAUCUUUCCAGAUUAUUGUAGCUCAGGGUGUUACUGGUUCUUUUCCCUGGUCAGCUUUGUCCUUUGCUCCAAUGUGGUUAGAGCUUACUGGACUUUCCCAUGAGAAGACUGCUGUACUUAUUGGCUUGUUUGUGGUUGGAAGUUCCGUUGGAGGACUCUUUGGAGGCAGGAUGGGAGACAUGUUAUCCCAGCGCCUACCAAAUUGUGGCAGGAUAAUUCUGGCGCAAAUAAGUUCAGCUUCAGCUAUUCCCCUAUCGGCAAUCCUUAUGCUGGCUUUGCCUGACGAUCCUUCCUCGGCAUUCAUGCAUGGUCUGAUCCUGUUUAUUACAGGAUUCUGCAUAUCUUGGAAUGCUCCAGCUACAAACAAUCCAAUUUUUGCAGAGAUAGUGCCUGAGAAGUCAAGAACAAGUAUCUAUGCUCUGGACCGAUCAUUUGAAUCUGUACUGUCGUCUUUUGCUCCCCCUGUUGUUGGACUACUGGCUCAGAAUGUGUACGGUUAUAAACCAGUUCCUGAAGGUGUUGAAAGUAUUGCGACAGACAGAGGAAAUGCCAAAGCUUUGGCACAAGCGUUGUUCGCUUCCAUAGGAACUCCAAUGGCAUUAUGCUGUGUGAUUUACUCUUUUCUCUAUUGCACGUAUCCAAGGGAUAAGGAGAGGGCUCAAAUGGAAGCACUGAUAGAAUCAGAGAUGCAAAUCAUGGGCUUGGAUACUUCUGGUACGACUCGACAAUAUUCACAAGCCAAGUCAUCUGAAUCCGAAGAGCACCUUGAAGACAGAAUCAUUGUUGAAAUGGAUUAUGACGAAGAUGGACUUGAUUUUGAUGAUGAUGAUGAUGAUGUUGAGAAGACAUUAGUCCACCACCACCCGACCUUUUCUCAACUCGACCAAUAGCAGUCAUUAUCAAAAGAAUCAAUAAUUUAUGGAGCGAUUUAUCAUAGAUAGUUAUCAUAAACAGUGGCGAAGCCACAUGGUCAUAAGGGUGGUCAAUUGACUAUCCUUCGUCGAAAAAUUACACUGUGUACAUAGGUAAAAUAUUACGUUUUAGAGGUAUAUAACACAUAUUGAACACCCUUUGUCGGAAAAAUAUUUCACUUUUAAAUUUGAACACCCUUGGAGAAAAUCCUAGCUUCGCCACUGAUCAUAGUUGUAGAGCAACAUAGAUUUCCCUUUCAUUCUUUCGAGCUUCACAAUCUGUGCCUUUUAUUA